AAUAAUCUGCUAUCUUCUGAUAUCUCUCAAAGGACUAUUGCUAUUGUACUCAGUCGGACGAGGCGGUUAUUAAGUUGAAGUAGAUCUUUGAAAAAUUUCAUUUGUCAGACAAACUUCAUUUAAACAAAUUUUUUUUCGAUGUAAAAAUUUUAUUUGCGGAUUAUUUAGUAAGAAGAGUGAAUAUUUAUUCCCCAAGUUGAAUUCACAGUAUGUUGAUUCAAGGUUUUGCAUGUCGCUGUUUGGUAGUUUUCAAUUCGCGUACUUUUUGUUUUGGAUUUGACUUCCUAUACACCAGCAUGAGCUAAUAUCAAUUAAAUUAAUUUUUAAAAGGCCAAAAGAGGUGUUUUUUUAUUUUAAUUGUGUAUUUUUUUAUUCUUAAACCUUACUGAAGAAGACUCGCUGAUAACAAUUUGGUAAUUCAAAACUGCAAGUGUAGAGGAACUACAUACACAAGAUAUCGAUUUUCAGAUGGGAGAAGCUAAUAUGUUCAUGCAGGGAGCAAGUGCGAAAUACAGGCAUGAUGAAUUCAAAAAUGCUAGUUCGAUUAGUUUUUCAUGUAUUUGUUACUGUCAUGUAUUUCUGUGCUUUGGUUCGAUAUGAAUACCUUCCACCCAUGCCUCAUAGGAGAAGUCAUGAACAUUUUGCAGGACGCUGGAAAUACCUAACUUAUUGGAAUUUGAUUGCUCAGUUUCUGUUUUUUGCCUUAUCUUGUAUCCUUGAUUUAAUAAAAGUAUCCCCAAGCACUUAUCAUAAAAUGAUGAGGGUCAGAGAUAAAAUGUAUGCUGGUAUUGUACUGCCAUAUGGUGUGUUUGUAGUAGCUGUGUUCUGGAUAUUGUACACAAUAGAUAGAGAACUUAUCUUUCCAAGAGUUCUGGAUGCUGUAUUCCCAGCAUGGUUAAAUCAUGUGUCUCAUACAGUCAUUCUUCCUGUUUUGCUGUUAGAAACCUAUAUAUUGAAACAUCGUCAUCCUCGUAGAAAGGAUGGAGUGGUAAUCACAGCACUAUUUGGAAUCGUUUAUGCUUCAUGGGUGUUAUAUCUGGCUCUUGUUAUGGAUAUCUGGCCAUAUCCAAUUCUGCAAAUAAUAAAUUGGACACAGAGAUUUGUUUUCUUUGCAAUCUGUAUCGUAUUUCUAUUAUUCAUGUACUUAGUUGGUGAAAGGAUCAAUUGCACCUUUUGGGGUGAAAGCAUAGUUCAGAAAGUGAAGUGAGUGAAUUUCAAAUGUGAGGUUGUGUUACAACAUUUACUUAUAUCUACUUACUACUGGAUUCCUCAGGCAAUACAUAGCCGGUAAAUGCAAGUGUGUAUGUUCCCAAAUGUAGUACAAAAUGUUUUUAGAUAAUUUUAGCUACAUUCCAAAAAUUUUUUAUAAUAGUAAAUUAGUUUAUUUGUAUUAUUUUACAUGAUCCAAAUCUUACAAAAUAAGUAUUAAUUGAAAAGAAGUUAUAUUUAGAAUUUGUAAAAAAAAAAAAAAAAAAAAAAAAAAAAAAUUACAUAUGUAUAUGUAUAAAGUUUUAUUAUCUUAAGAAUAUGUUCUGUGCCUUUUGCUGUAAUUUUUGUACUAAGGAUGUACUGUAGAAUAUUAAUUUCAUUACAAAAAUCAUGUAUGUUUUUAAUAAUAAAAGUUUUUCUUUUGACAUUGUGAAA